CUCGUAUUUCUAGCGUCGGUGUUAGCUUGCAGGCUCAGAGUCGUGUUGUUGCGCGUACCCUUCUCUCGUCAACGCACUGCUCGCUGUACAGAAGCAUUCUGCCCCCGGCAGUCCAGGAGAUGGGGAAAAGCCGGAGCACUUGGAGGAUCCACGAGACGGUGCCGAGCAUACCGAUCAGAUGGGCCGAGUUGUGGAUCAGGUCGAUGUAGAAGUGUGAUUCACCUUUCUCGAGCGCCUCGAACGAUCGUCCGAAGGCCAUGUCGCCUAUACACGAAGCGUUAGAAUUCGAACCCUCCAAUCGAGACACGGACGGGGCGGCAAAUCUAACCCAUGACAUCGAAUGCGAGGUAGUUCAGCCAGCUCGUGCCGUUGACGACCUCUCCAGAUCGCUUUCGGAUCUGGUCGACCAGCGUGUCUGCGUACUUGAUUAAGCGGGAAUCGUAGGCACGGAGCGACUUUGUGGUGAAUGCCUGGUCCCAUCCAUGUCGGCGCCGUCGGUCAUGCAUGGCUUUGUCCCUCAUCUGAUGAAGAGUCGUCAUCGGAUAGCCGCCAUCAUACCACUCCGACUUCUCGAACUUGGUCUGGGCCUUGUGAACAGGCUCGACCCAGUCUGGGUCGGCGAUGGACAACAAGUUCGGCCCCGCGCGAACAUAUUCUCCGUACUGGGCAUGUAACUUGUCGAGGUGCCUAAAGUUGUCGCACUUGGCUGCCACUUCUCGGACGUGAGCGAACUGGGUGAGCCGGGCGGCUGGUGGGCCUGGGAAGUUGCGAAGUGGAUGGAAGUACAGACGAUAGAUGGCGAUGCUGCUAAAAAGCGUCGCGCAGAACGGAACGAUUGCGACGAGAACGGUCAAGCAAGCGCGCAGGAAGGUGAGGUCAAGAUAAUGGCAGAGACCGGCUGCGGCAAGGCCUGGUCCAAAUAUGAUUGUAAGAGCGUACGGCCUGAUCCAUUUCAUGUGCUCGCCGCGAAUGAACCAAAACCAGUGUGCGAGCAGUCCAAACACGGCACCAGCUCCAGCAACGACGAGUAGAUUAGGCUCCAUGGUUCGAACAGUGCGAGUAAAAGUAAGUCUCUGACAGGUCUCGACGAUCGAAAAAAUCCCACCGCGUCAGAAGUGCGUUGGCUGUUAUAAAAGUCUCAGCAGUGCAGAACGCCAGACAAAGCAUACGUGCACGUAGGCGUCAGCAAUCAGAAACAGCCCGACAACCACAAUCCCCGCAUGGUUCCAUCGUCCACUUUCUUGGGCCCUCGGCAGGCUUUUUCUGAUCUGGCCUAUACGAGUACGACGUUGGGAAACUUGGGCAGUCGCUGUGGGUGGAGAGCGCCCGCUUUUGCUAGAACUAGCGCUUCUGCACCCCACAGGCCAAUUGUUGGUCCGAAGCGGACGUAGUAAGGCUGCGUGGGGAAUUCCCUUCCAGGCCGAUCGCUUCGAGAGCGAGCGCUUGUCAACAUGGACUUUUAUGUCCAUGGUUGAUCAUCCGCCUCAUCUGCCAUGGCCGAGAAGCCUUGUACCUUUACGCGCUUGUCCUGACCUUUCUUUUGCAGUUCUACGACUCUUGACCUGAUUGACUGUCAGCACGUCAAGGGCCCCCAGCAACCGGCUCCGGCUGAGUAAACCCCUCAUCAAGUCAGCAUCCGAGCAUAUCCCAAACCGUAUCGGUAUCUUUCGCAACAAAUGACAAGCAUAUUCGACUCGACAAAGCCAAGGCUCGCCCGGUCGGUGUCCGACUGGCCAAUUUUUACAAGAGCCAUUUGUCGUACCUGCGCAUCAUGCGCGCUCUUUUCACAUGACUUGAUCGUGUCGCAUCAGAGUACGCACGGCUGUUCUGUCCCUCAUUUGUCUGGCAAUGACUGUGCACACAUAUCACUGCGGGAGAUAUUCGCAAAAUGGCUUGCAAUGCGGACUUCUCAGACAGGACGAGAUAAGACAGCAGGGGUUCAAUACACAAGCGUCGAUUGUCGCAUUCUAGCGCACGAUUCUUUGAUCCAUCACUAGCUGCUCAUUGCUCGCUGAGUUUCGCUAUGGGAAAAGACGCGUGUAGGCAACGGCAUUCCAAUGUCCAGAGCCUGUCCUGGUCUACUUUUUUUUUUUGGCGAAAACACUGGUUAAGCCAGCGUAGUCAACGCUUGCAUUCUUGCAGGAGUGCCCGCCCCACGGUUAAGUGGUACCCGAGUUUCCACCCUUCGCUUGACACUCAAUGCAGUGAGUUAGUUUAGCGAAUUCUAGAUGGCAUAAUAUAGCACGUCGAAUCUUUGCGCUUCCAAUCUCCACGGCGGCCACCUAUCCUAGUAACCAGCACAUCUAUCGACAUGCGUCUGCUUCGAUGAUUCCAAUUAGCACAAGACGCCUGCCUAAACUCUUUCGCGCAUUACAGGUUGAAACAAGGGUUUCCGCACUCUUUUCCAGCGCCGUCUUUUGGUAGUCUACGUACGGCUUUUGCAGGUGUUGCGGUCUUGGGCGGGUUCAAACGAUUGAGCCUCAGGAAUCCUCACGGUUAAUAUUUAGCGCAUUGAUUCGUUUGAAUUUAUAUCUAGCUUCUUGUGUUAUAGCAGUUCGGGCGGGUCUUGGGGUAAGCCUCAAUCGUCAGCCUGUUCGUCAGCCAUUCGCAAUAUGCCCAAGCUGAGAACCGGAUUAUUCAAGCCAAUUUACGAGUUCUUAUUUAUGCGAGUAACGCGGUCCAGACUCGUGGUAAGAUAGAUGGUUUGUGUGCCUUGUGGGUUCGACAUGCGGCUGACUAACUUGUGGGCUAAACAUCACAAAG